ACCAAAACAGAGCGGAGCACAGAACGACUGAGCACACACGUCCGUCCCGGGACAACGCCGAAGGACCGUUACUCCACUAGACGACGUGCUGAUUCCAAAGUUUCCAACCAUGAACAUGAUGACCAUGAGACAAGCCGGUGGUCCUGUAGCCACCUUUAGACCUGCGUUCCCUCUAGAAGGGCAGGGUCGUGUGAACCAGCUCGGGGGAGUCUUCAUCAACGGCCGCCCGCUGCCCAACCACAUUCGGCACAAGAUCGUGGAGAUGGCCGCCGCCGGGAUCCGGCCCUGCGUCAUCAGCCGCCAGCUCCGCGUGUCGCACGGCUGCGUCUCCAAGAUCCUCUGCCGCUACCAGGAGACCGGCUCCAUCAAGCCGGGCGCCAUCGGCGGCAGCAAGCCGCGCGUCGCUACACCCGAGGUGGAGAAGAAGAUAGAGGACUACAAGAGAGACAACCCCGGCAUGUUCAGCUGGGAGAUCCGGGACCGGCUGCUGAAGGACGGGAUGUGUGACCGCAGCACCGUCCCCUCCGUCUCGUCCAUCUCACGCAUUCUCCGCGGAAAGGGCCACAAGAUCAGCGACUUGGAGAUAGAGGGAGAAGACGAUUUCAGCAUCGACGGCGAUCGGAAGCCACACAGCAUUGACGGCAUCCUGGGAGAGAAGAAUGGUCCGGGAGACAGUUCUGACUGUGACUCUGAGCCCGACCUGCCGCUGAAGAGGAAGCAGCGCCGCAGCCGCACCACCUUCACUCCGGAGCAGCUGGAGGAGCUGGAGAAGGCCUUCGAGCGAACUCACUACCCGGACAUCUACACACGGGAGGAGCUGGCACAGAGGACCAAGCUGACGGAGGCCAGGGUGCAGGUGUGGUUCAGUAACCGGCGGGCCCGCUGGAGGAAGCAGCAGGGUGCCCAGCAGAUCCCCUCCUUCAUGCCGCUGGGAUACCCCGCUCCUGCCGCCGGGACUCCCACCUACAUGCCCGUCCCCGAGCCCGCAUACCCAGCUAACGCUCAAGACUCGGCAACGCUGCACAGACCACAGCCUUUGCCCCCCACCAGCAUCCAUCAGAACGGCGCUGCAGACACAGCCAGCAUGUACGGCACUGCCAGCAAACCGUACCAGUACCCUUUCUCUGACUCCUACCUGUCCUCUGGCUCCACCGGUCUGUCUGUCAGCAGUGGGAUGUCGACUGGGUUGGUGGGCGGGCUGGGCAGCAUGGGUAGCCAGCAGGUGGAGCCGUUCCCCGUGCACUGUGCCCCGGUCAGCAGCAGUAGCUCCCCCGCCACCUCCAUCCCGUCCACCGACUGUUACAGCAGCACUGCUGCGGACACCUACUCCUACAACACCGCACAGACGUACUGCACCGCGCCUGCGCACAGCUACUCAUCAUCUGCGCAUGCGUACAGCAUGGACGGCUCCUGGGUACAAGGCGCCAACAGCACUGACUUUAACAGCAACAGUCUGGGCAUCGCGGCCCUUCGGCAGAAGUCUCGGGAACACUCGGCAGCACUCGGGCUCAUCCAGGUGGCAGGCGGAGCCAUGGCGCAAGCGUACUGAACAUCCGUGCAAGCAACCUCUCCAUCCUCUGAAUCACGCCACGUACCAAAACUUAACGUCAUUUACUGUACCAAAUCGAGGGAAACAAAUUCACUCUUAACGUGAUAUGCCUACUGCGAAUUGAUUGUAUGUUUGUGUGUUAUUCUGAUUAAUCUCGCUCAUUUCCGAUGAACACGCUUACUGUACAAGUGCUUCUCCGAUUUUGCACGGAAGUUGUUAAUGAAAUGAUGACUACUUUGAGAAGAGAUGAGGUGGAAAAUCAUCAUUAAUACCAGUGACACACUCUUACCAUGGUGUAUAUUGUCGAUAAUGAUGAUAAAUUAGUACUUAUCUUCCCUAUAGUAAAUUAGAUGUGGAAACAGCCAGACGUGAAUGUUAUUCAUACACCGAAGGGUAUAUUUUCAUGCCCUCUAAUAUAUUGUAGUUAUUGGAAGUCGGAGACAUAAAUUACAGAUCGUACAGAGGAUAUAGAGAGUUAGAGAAUGUUUCUGACGCACAAUUGAGAUAACAUUGAGAUAACAUUGGCAAAAAAUGGAUGGAGAUAUCACACUUAGUGACUAGCCACAAUGAUGAUGGUAAACAACUUGAAAUAGAGUCAUCCAUCAAGACUGCAUCUUCAUAAAUAACUUACUUUCAAUUGUCUAGUAGUUGGAACUAUAUAUAUGUUCGAUUGGUUUACUGUGAUAUAUAUGUUCACAUGUAAGUCCAGCCGCUGACAAUUGCUUCGCCAAAGAAAGUAAAAGUCCUUAAAUAUGCAGUUCAAGCAGAGUCAAAUGCGUGAUAAAAAGGUGUAAUACUGAAGGCCAGUCCCAGAAAGGUAAAGUUCAAUCACUGGUAAUACUUUUUGACGGCGCCGUUGAUAGAAAAAUGCAUCACUGUCAUAAACAGAGCGAUAGCAUUGUGUGCAGGACGCUAUAUAUGUAUGAGGAGAAGAAACUCAUACGGUUGGCAGUAAUCCAUCGGGCAGAUAUGCUUUAUGACAGAUAAGAGGGAUUAGGUUGGGGAAAGGGCGCUAGGCACUUCAUUAAUACGGCAUUUCAGCCCCGCGGUGCAGCCACAUUUCGCCAUAGCACGCAGUAGACUUAUAUCUAUUGCCGGUGAAACUGCGCCAGGAAGCGAUAACCUCUGUUCCCUCUGUACGCCGGGAGUGUCAUGUGCCAUUUAUUUGUACAUAAUCGUGAGUAAGCCCCAUAUCAUCACAUUAAAUGGCGGUUAUCAGCCACACACAGGGGCCAACCGCGCCAUCCUGCAAUCCAUCAACUUCUUGGUCGCCAUGGAGACGAACGUCAGAUGAUAGGCAAAGAGGAAGUUCAGAAGAAUGGUUCAAUACGAAAGAUAUUUGACCUUGCCAGAUUACAAGGGGGUCAAAGCUUUUAAAUGUGAUGAAGGGAAUUGUGUGAUGCAAACUAUGGAAUAUUUGCCCGUGGUGGAAUAUGGGAGUUUCAUGGACUUCUCAGCAGUUUAUUUCCGGCUUGGAAGACUAUAUUCAGCGGGUCAUUUCUUGUGCGUAUAGAUAUCAUCAUCCAUUAUACGUUUGUCACCUGUAUGAUGAAUCACCAUUUAACUUGCAGCGCAGAAGCCCACAAAAUUCUUCCUGAAAUUAGGACGAUAAAACUUUAUACCGCAGAAUCAAAAUAAGCAUUUUGUGACGAAAUCGGCAACCUAUUUGCUGUGAAAGGUUUUGCGUCUUGUGCUUGUUUUAUUGACCUGUAUGAAAAACAAAUAUCUAGAUGUACGCUGUAUUUAACCGGUGAAAAUGCAUUUAGCUAGGA